AUGGAGAGGAGGAGGAGGAGUGCGGUGGGGCACAGGAAAAGCGACAAAUUGGCGGCCGAAAUGAGCCGCGUGUGUAUAUUCCAACGGGAGCCAGCCGAGAGAUCGCCCAAGGCUUCGUUGUCGCUUCGGAGAGCUGGGAAAAGGCGAAAAAAGGCGGGAAAAAAAAGCGGUCGUCGAAAAAGAGAUACACACACACACACAUACACGCACAUGGCCGCAUAUUUUCGCGUGUCUCUAUCGAUUCCUCGCCUUUUUAGGCCUUUUUUCCUCUCCUCCGACAUCCACGGGUCGUCCACGUCUUCGGCUUCAUCUUCUCUAGGGACUGCCUCUACUUCCUGCCGAUGCCAAAGGUUGUCUGGCUACCUGGCUUCAUCAAUCCAGAUGUUUGGUCCCUUCAGCCGCAACCAGUAAAUGCCUGGUAG